GUGUUGAAUGAUCCAUCUGGUGCUGAAAACAUCCAGUGGGGAUCCUCGGCAACAGUUGAACAUGGCUGCGGUGGUGCCAGCACCGCCACUCUCAUGGCGCAGUCACCACAGCCGCACUACCGUCUUCUACAGAAUCACCCGCAAAUCAAAGAACAAGUAUUCUCUCCAUUCAAUCUUCACCCCAAUAGCAUCUCUUUCUCUCUCUGCUCAAACCCGCCAAACGAAGUCUCUCUCUUUCGCCAACUCUUCAACAAACCGUCAAUUCUCUUCAUUACAUGAGAUUAAGAAGCUCUGCGAAUCUGGAAACCUCAAGGAAGCUUUGGAUUUUCUUCAAAGAGAGUCAGACGAUGUCGUUUUGGAUUCCGCCCAGAGAUCAGAGGCUAUGGGUGUUCUUUUACAGGCCUGUGGACAACGGAAAGACAUUGAGGUUGGCCGGAGACUCCAUGAGAUGGUUUCUGCGUCGACCCAGUUCUGUAAUGAUUUUGUUCUCAACACCCGAAUCAUUACAAUGUACUCAAUGUGUGGGUCUCCUUCGGAUUCUCGUAUGGUUUUUGAUAAAUUGCGGAGGAAGAACUUGUUUCAGUGGAAUGCAAUUGUUAGUGCGUACACCAGAAAUGAACUUUUUGAAGAUGCAAUGUCUAUCUUCUCUGAGUUGAUUUCGGUGACUGAGCAUAAACCCGAUAAUUUUACAUUGCCAUGCGUGAUUAAGGCUUGUGCUGGGCUUUUGGAUUUGGGAUUGGGACAAAUAAUUCAUGGAAUGGCAACGAAGAUGGAUUUGGUUUCUGAUGUGUUUGUGGGCAAUGCUUUGAUUGCAAUGUAUGGGAAAUGUGGACUUGUCGAAGAAGCAGUUAAAGUGUUUGAACAUAUGCCUGAAAGAAACUUAGUUUCUUGGAAUUCGAUUAUUUGUGGAUUUUCAGAGAAUGGAUUUUUGCAAGAAAGUUUUAAUGCGUUUAGAGAAAUGUUGGUGGGUGAGGAAAGUUUUGUACCGGAUGUUGCUACUCUUGUGACUGUACUACCAGUGUGUGCAGGGGAAGAGGAUAUUGAAAAGGGGAUGGCAGUUCAUGGUUUGGCUGUGAAAUUGGGGUUGAAUGAGGAACUAAUGGUGAAUAAUUCAUUGAUUGACAUGUAUUCAAAAUGUAGGUUCUUGUCUGAAGCUCAACUCUUAUUUGACAAGAAUGAUAAGAAAAAUAUUGUUUCCUGGAAUUCCAUGAUUGGUGGUUAUGCUAGAGAAGAGGAUGUGUGUCGAACCUUUUAUCUUUUGCAGAAAAUGCAAACUGAAGAUGCCAAAAUGAAAGCAGAUGAGUUUACCAUUUUGAAUGUAUUGCCAGUUUGUUUAGAGAGGUCAGAAUUACAGAGCUUGAAGGAACUUCAUGGUUAUUCAUGGAGACAUGGGUUACAAAGCAAUGAACUGGUGGCAAAUGCUUUUAUUGCAGCCUACACGAGGUGUGGGGCGUUAUGUUCUUCUGAGCGUGUCUUUGAUCUUAUGGAUACCAAGACAGUGAGUUCUUGGAAUGCUCUACUUUGUGGCUAUGCACAAAAUUCAGAUCCUAGAAAGGCUUUAGAUUUGUACCUUCAAAUGACAGACUCAGGGCUGGAUCCUGACUGGUUUACCAUUGGUAGCUUACUUUUAGCAUGUUCCCGCAUGAAAUCCCUACACUAUGGUGAAGAAAUUCAUGGAUUUGCCCUAAGAAAUGGGUUAGCAGUGGAUCCAUUUAUUGGUAUCUCACUACUAUCACUUUAUAUUUGUUGUGGGAAACCCUUUGCUGCCCAAGUAUUAUUUGAUGGGAUGGAGCAUAGAAGUCUAGUAUCUUGGAAUGUGAUGAUUGCAGGCUACUCACAGAAUGGACUCCCUGAUGAAGCCAUAAAUCUCUUCCGUCAAAUGCUUUCUGAUGGAAUCCAACCUUAUGAGAUUGCAAUAAUGUGUGUGUGUGGCGCUUGUUCGCAGCUGUCAGCUUUGCGACUGGGGAAAGAACUCCAUUGCUUUGCUUUAAAAGCCCACUUGACUGAAGACAUAUUUGUCAGUUCUUCAAUCAUAGAUAUGUAUGCAAAAGGUGGAUGCAUAGGGCUUUCUCAAAGGAUUUUUGACAGACUGAGGGAGAAAGAUGUGGCAUCAUGGAAUGUUAUAAUUGCAGGAUAUGGAAUUCAUGGUCGCGGAAAAGAGGCCUUAGAGCUAUUUGAAAAAAUGCUAAGAUUGGGCCUCAAGCCUGAUGAUUUCACAUUCACUGGUAUCCUUAUGGCAUGUAGCCAUGCUGGGCUGGUUGAAGAUGGUCUAGAAUAUUUCAAUCAGAUGCUGAAUUUGCAUAACAUAGAGCCAAAGUUAGAGCAUUAUACUUGUGUGGUGGAUAUGCUAGGUCGUGCUGGACGCAUAGAUGAUGCUUUGAGGCUUAUAGAAGAGAUGCCUGGGGAUCCUGAUUCUAGAAUUUGGAGUUCAUUGCUCAGUUCCUGUAGAAUUCAUGGUAACUUGGGUUUGGGGGAGAAAGUCGCCAACAAGUUACUAGAACUGGAGCCAGAAAAACCUGAGAAUUAUGUGUUAAUCUCAAAUUUAUUUGCUGGAUCAGGCAAAUGGGAUGAUGUGAGAAGAGUGAGGGGAAGGAUGAAGGACAUUGGCCUUCAAAAGGAUGCUGGCUGUAGUUGGAUUGAAGUUGGAGGGAAAGUUCAUAACUUCCUCAUUGGUGACGAAAUGCUCCCAGAGUUGGAAGAGGUCCGAGAGACAUGGAGAAGACUAGAGGUGAAGAUAAGUAGCAUUGGAUAUACACCAGAUACAGGUUCAGUGCUGCAUGACUUGGAAGAAGAGGAUAAAAUAGGGAUACUACGGGGGCAUAGUGAGAAGCUUGCAAUUUCUUUUGGGCUGCUGAAUACAGCUAAAGGUUUACCUGUUAGGGUGUACAAGAAUCUUCGCAUUUGUGGGGAUUGUCACAAUGCGGCCAAAUUCAUAUCAAAGGUAGUCAACAGGGAUAUAGUUGUGAGAGAUAACAAGCGCUUCCACCAUUUCAGAGAUGGGAUUUGUUCCUGUGGAGACUAUUGGUAGAUGAAAAUGAGGCAGAUGAGUUCUUCUCAUGUUUGGUGUUCAGAGGCAAAAGUUUCUAGGAGCACAGGAAAGGAGCUGCAGCUGCAAGAUCAAAGUGUUUCAGCUGAUUAUCCUGCACUCCUACUUCCUAAUCAGGUUCCUUCUCUUAACCAAGUUCUUCAACACAUCUUUGUGUUAAUACUAACACUUUGGCUUAAGCAUAAUCUUGGAUUCUUAUUGAUUUGUUUGAUUUGGCUUUUA